GCGGCGGUCGCUGUCAGUGUAGAGUGAAACUUUGCUAUUUUUAGCGUAAAUUUACUCGUUUUUUCCCGCCUUCCCGUGGCCGCAGUCGUCUGAUUAAUACAAUAACUGUUAAACGAACACGGAGACGGUACAUAUCGACGACCAGGACUGAGCAGGCUCGGCCAGGGCCCCGGUUUUUGGCCGCCUGAUCGCUGGUUUCCCUCGAAGUUGACGGUUGCUGAGUGUCUGACAUUGCGAUCAUACCGACUGUUGUUGACUCCGGAUUGCUAACGCGGAACCUUCAGGUGUGAAGCUAGCUGUCUGACGGGACACCGCGCGAGGAGCGGCGGGAAACGUGUGCUGGUUUCGGUGCGCGUGACGGUGACGUGUCACGGCAGUUGAAGAGAGAGAGAGGAAUCUCAGGUGUUGGAUGUCACCUGUACUCACUGUCAGUCUGGUUUGCUAGCAUCGCCCAUCCUGGCAAAUCAAAUGGAGAAGCUCCAGGACCUGAGCCAAUCAGAGCUGCAGGAGCUCCUGGACACACCGGAGAGGGUGGAGUCGAUGGCUCUGGAGUCUGAUGAGAUCCAGAACAUCCAGCUGGAGAGAGAAAUGGCGCUGGCAUCAAACCGCAGCCUGGCUGAGCAGAACCUGGACAUGAAGCCUCGUCUGGAGUCCACAAAGGAGCUGCUGGUGGAGCGGUACUCACAGCUGGAGGCCAUCAGAGAAAACUACAGACAGCACUGCUCACUCAGAGAUGGAAUGGUGGGCCAGGUUUCUCCUGAAGCGUUUUUCUCCAGACUACAGACAGAGGGCAGCAGCACAGAGGCAGAGUCUGAGGCUCUAGCGGAUGAGUUCCUGGAAGGUUCUCUGCCGUUGGACUCUUUCCUGGAGCGUUUCCUGUCCCUGCGCUCACUCGCUCACAGGAGGCGGGUCCAGAUCGAGAAGAUGCAGGAGAUCCUGCGACAGAGGAGCGAGGCCAAAUCCACCGCCAUGACAUCAUCUGCAGGCAGCCAGGACCCCACCCCCUCACCCUGGAAUCAGCCAACGACCACAUCGACAACCACACAUCAGCAGCAGCCCAGCUCCGCCCCCCAGAACCCCUCACAGCAGACAGCGUCCUCGUCAGCGGGGGGCGCCGGCCUCCCCUACAGCCCCUACCCCAUCUCUACCCCCAACCCCCCCACAGCUGCGGCAGCGAGCUCCGGCCCUCCAUACCCGGGCUCUGGCUCACCUUUCAACCCUGCUGGAGCCUUCUCUGGGCCCCGACCUGCCUUUGGGCCCCCAGCGUCAGGCGGCUGCCCCUACCCCACCCAGCCCUCCUUCCCCGCCCCCCACCCAGGCUCGGCGUUCGGUCAGUACACCCCCAAUCAGGGUGGCCCCACCCCCUACCCGGCCUCCUACAGCUAUGGCGGCUACAGCUACCCGGCUGGCCCCUCCUACUCCAGUUCCCAGUCCCCCACAGGGCGGCCCUUAUACAGACCGGGGUACGGCGUCCCCCAGCCAUACUCCUGAGAGCCCCGCCCCUCUGCCCUUCUCCCCUCGUCUUUUUACCUUUUCUAACCCUGCCCCCAGAGUCAGCGGUCUCUCGCUUUACUUCUCUUUGUUGCACUAUCUCUCUCUAAGCCCCGCCCCUCCAACACUCAUACUAGUCUCAGGUUGUUGUGUUUAAAGCACGCCCCCUCACCAUCAUACACUCCUUCCCCUCGCCAUCAUACACUCCCCAUCUUCACCAUGAACCUCCUCACCAUGGUUCCUCCCCCUCGCCUCCCUCCAUCAUGUAUGGGUGUGUCCUGAUGAGUUAAGUGUGAUCUGGACGCCGUCUCGUGUUGACUUCAGUUCUUCCACGCUCUCUAGCUCUCUCUCUCUCUCUACGGCCAUGUUUACAUGGAAACAACCUCUGAAAAGAAAAUCAUGUCAUUCAAUCAUUGUUAAUUCAGGUUUUCAAAAAAGAUCAGAAUGACAGUUGUAUUAAUGCCAGGCCAGUAGGUGGCGACCUGAAUAUUUAGUGACUAACACAAGCAUGCUCACAUCCUCCUCCUUCUGCAGAGCAGUGAGGUAUAAAAAGGGUGGAAGCACUAACAUUUGUGUGGACGGACAAUGAAGUGGAGUUUCUACAAAAGGCAAGGAUGGAAUGUUUGAUAGUCUUUAAAGAAUGACAUAAUCUACAAAGGAAAGGGUAGAAUAUUUAAUAGUCUUUAAAGGAUGACAUCUUCAUAGGAAAGGGUAGAAUCUUUGAUAGUCUUUAAAAGAUGACAUCAUCUUCAAAGGAAAGGUUAGAAUGUUUGAUAGUCUUUAAAGGAUUACAUCAUCUUCAAAGGAAAGGACAGAAUGUUUGAUAGGCUUUAAAGGAUGACAUCAUCUUCAAAGAAAAAGGUAGAAUGUUUGAUAGUCUUUAAAGGAUCACAGCAUCUUCAAAGGAAAGGGUAGAAUGUCUGAUAGGCUUUAGGGGAUGACAUCAUUUUCAAUGGAAAGGGUAGAAAAAAAUAGUCUUUAAAGGAUGACAUCAUCUCCAAAGACAAGGAUAGAAUGUUUGAUAGUCUUUAAAGGAUGACAUCAUCUUCAAAGGA